AUCCGUGUGGCCCAGAAGUGCCAGCUGUCAGUGUCCAUCAGUGCCAGCUGUCAGUGCUCAUCAGUGCCACGUGCCAGUGCCCAUCAGUGCCACAUCAAUGCCACAUAUCAGUGCCUACCAGUGCACAUCAAUGCCACAUAUCAGUGCCCAUCUGAGCUGCCUUUCAGUGUCACCCAUCAGUGCCAGUCAGUGCCAACUGUCACAAUCGUGCCUAUCAAUGCCAAUCAGUGCCACCUAACAGGGCUGCCAAUCAGUGCCGCCUAUCAGUGUGCAUCAGUGCCGCCUAUCAAUGCCCAUCAGUGCCACCUAUCA